GUGGAGAAAGGAUUAGCAACAGCUGCAUGAACAUAAUCAAUUAUACACCCUUCAAAAGGUGUGAAAGCCAGUAAUUUUAUGUUUUUUACAUUUAUUUAUUCAGAUUUCUUCUUCGGCUAAAAUGUGAAUUGUCUGGCUAUUACUUUCAAUUUAUUUGGAGGAGAAAAACUGAUUGCUUUUGACAGCGACUAGGGCUUUUGUCAUUACAUACUGUAGAUGUUUGUUGGCUUAUGAUAACAUUUAAUUGCAGCUCUCUAGAUAAUUUCAAUUAUUUUGAAGUUCUGUUUACUAUUAUGUAAUGCUCUCAUGUCAGUUCCGAAGUCCAGAUCAAGGCUACCUUGGAUUUAUGUUAUUUUGAGUUUUGGUUUUGAAGACGCAAGAGUUUAUCUGAUUCAGCGGAAAAUUUUAAUUUCGUGAGGAGUUUUCAAAACAUACGAGGAAUCUUUUUUCUUAGCCGGUAUGCUCGCUUUCUUAGUUGGACUUUUAUAUCUGGUUGGUGGACGAACCGUGCGCUCUCACGAUGCGACAGGUAGCCGCUUUGUAUGCUCCGCUAUACCCGCGGGGUCAGACCCCAGCUGCCCGUUCGACCCCAACGGGAACCGCGUGCAGAUAACUAGCCCCGUGGAAGAAGAGUUACAGAGCACCAUCUUCCAUCUCCGGGAGACCAUCCUUCAACAGAAGGAGACUAUAGUUAGCCAGCAGGGGACCAUCAAGGAGCUGAACUCAAAGCUGUCCCGCUGCGAGUCGGCGGCGGAGGACUCUGCGGGCAGGUCCAGGGGUAGCUCCAGGCGGAAGGACUACAGUAAGAACACAAUGGGAGACUUGCCAAGGGACCCCACGGAAACUAUAGACCAGCUAGAGAAGACCAUGCAGGGGCUCAAAGGUCGGCUGGAGAAUCUGGAGCAGCAGCAGUUGCGCUCUAACUUGUCAGCAGCCACAGCAGCAGUUGUGAGUGGAGUGGGUGGGAAUGCAGUGGGGCCACUACCUGCAGAGCUUCGGGAGCUGCUGAAGCACCGUUUGGGAACCCUGGAGGGCCAGCUGCUGAAGAAAGUGGCCGAACUGGAGGAAGAGAAGAGCCAGCUGUACAACGAGACUGCUGCACAUCGUCAGCGCACUGAAAGCACUCUAAAUUCUCUGCUGGAAAGGAUCACUGAACUUGAGAGAAGUAACAAUGCAUUCAAGUCACCAGAGGAUUUCAAGGUGUCUCUACCUCUGCGCACCAACUACCUGUAUGGACGCAUUAAGAAGAGCCUGCCUGAGAUGUAUGCCUUCACUGUGUGUAUGUGGCUCAAGUCCAGCGCGCUCCCUGGAAUAGGAACCCCUUUUUCCUAUGGGGUGCCUGGACAGGCCAAUGAGAUUGUGCUCAUCGAGUGGGGCAACAACCCCAUGGAGCUGUUGGUCAAUGACAAAGUGGCACAGCUGCCUCUGUCUGUGAGUGAUGGGCGCUGGCAUCACAUCUGCAUCACCUGGACAACGCGGGAUGGCUUCUGGGAAGCGUACCAGGAUGGGGAGAGGCUGGGCACAGGAGAGAAUCUUGCCCCCUGGCACCCAAUUAAACCUGGAGGGGUAAUCAUCUUGGGACAGGAGCAGGACAUUGUUGGGGGUCGUUUUGAUGCCACUCAAGCGUUCGUGGGGGAGCUGAGUCACUUCAAUAUGUGGGACCGUGUUCUCCGGCCCGUGGACAUUAUGGGAAUGGCCAACUGUUCCUCCUACAUGCCGGGGAAUGUUGUUCCCUGGAUCGACACCAAUGUGGAAGUCCUGGGAGGAGCCUCCAAGGCUGCACUGGAGAUCUGUGAGGACCGCAUGAUAGAAUCGUGAAGGAUUUGGAUGUGUAACACCAUCCCGCCAUGGGGUUCCUAAGGCUUGAGAGAUGGUUGGUGUCCAUGCUCUCUGUGCUGCUUGAGAAACACCCCCACCUAAAAAGGGAGUCAGCGCAGUGGGCAUUGACUUUGCCUGCAGACUAAUACACUCAACUUUCUUUGUGUGUGAUUUUCCAUGCUAAAGUACAUGGCACAUAAGUUCAUGCACAUUCCAACUUAAUUCCUAAUUCCAACUAUAAGAUGUUACAGAGUAAAAUCUUGAGACUAAAGAGGACUCUAUUGUCUCUACCCUGCGGCCGUUCCGUGUUUCUUCAUUUGCUUGAUGAGCUUCAACUGAUUUAAUUGAAAUACUGACAUUUGAGCACUGUACUGCAUUUAGUGAAUGUGAGCAAAUAUAUAAUCCAUAGAUGCUUUAACUGUGUAUGGACAGCCAUUUCUGUGUGUCAUGGCAAACAUCUGCAGUAUAUGGUUUGAGCUUGUUCCUUUGCCCUGGCAGAAAGUAGAGAGUACCCACAUUUUCCAAAGAGAGCUAUUGCUCAGUUUAGAAUAUAAUGUCUAAAGCUGACAUUGUCUUCAUUUGGGGUGAUUUCAAAUGUGUCUAUAUAUUUCAACUUGUCAGUGAGAGUAGUGAGCACUAAGUAAAUGCAUGUGUACUCUUGUACGUAUGUAAGUAUGUACAGUAUCUCACAAAAGUGAGUACACCCCUCACAUUCUUGCAAAUA